CUUAACUAGAAUCCUAAUAGAUAGAGAAAAAUACAUUAAUAUAAUUAUCGGCGAUGGUGGCCCUGAAUGUGAUUUCUAUGCCGGGAAUCAUAUCGGAUUUCAAAGAAUGCAAAACGGAAUCUGAUGCAGUUUCAUCAGUUAAUCAAGAAAGAAGAAUAAUUGUAGCCAACAAAGAUAGUAAAAUUCAGUUUGCUUAAUCGAACUUUCUUCUUCUUUAUUUCUUUAGCCUUUGUUGUUUGAAGCAUUCUAAUGCUCAGAACUUUAAUGACAAAGAAUUUAUUUCAUGUUAAUUUAAUGUUCAAUCAGUUCGGCUUUAUUCUUAUUUAAUUCAUUUGGUUUAAGAGUUUAUGAUUUUAGGGAUUGGGCGAAUAUAUAGUGAUAGGGAUGUAUUUAAAGUCGGAUGAAUAAAUAAAAUUCAUGUGAAUACAUAGUAUUUAAAUGAAUGAAUUUAAUAACGACAAGAUUGGAAUAUGAUGUGGAUGUAAAUAGUAUUUUCUAAAAUUUUUAAAAUUUUAUUAGGGAUAAACUUAGAGUGGGAUGUACCUAUAAAAAAUAUGGAAGGAAACAGCAGUAAAUUUAGCUUCAGUAAAGCAUAAGUGUUGUCCUUGUUCUUCAUCAUUAAUACUGAUUUUUACAGCAGUGCACAAUAAUGUUUGAUUCACACAUUUUUUGCUUUAUAAUGUUUGAUUCACACAUUUUUUGCUUUAUAUGUUUAUGAUUGUCUUAUAGUAUAAUACAUUGUAAUCUGCUGCUAUUAGUAUAUUUAGCUUAGGUUUAGAGGGUGGGUGUAUAUUUUAGUAAUUUUUCGGCUACAGAUAAUGAUCUAACUGUAAUGUGAUUAGAAUAUGAAAAAAAAUUAAAAAAUUGAACCAAUUGUUGUUUAAUUUACAAUUUUUUCGUUUUAUUGUUAGUGAUUUUGUGUUGUAGCGGUGUAAUCUGCAGCUAUUGGUAAAUAUAUCUCCGUUUUUAGUAGGUAAGAAGUUUAUGAAAUUUUAUUGGAUUUUUGAAUUUUGUUUGUUUAGAUUGUAGAUGGCAUUGUCAAUUGGAGUAUGGUCGAGUUCUACUCUUGAAGGUGUUGAAUUACCUUGUUUCCGGUUACUGAAUAACCGUAAUUUGUUGAUGCGACAAAAGUUUUUGCUCCCGAUUUCAAGGAUCAAUGAUAAUUAUUUGCGGAAGCAAAAGGCAGAAAUCAAGUGUUUAGCAUCAAAGGAAAGUGUAACUCAUGCGUUGGAAUCUGAAGAAAAUGUUAGUGCAACUAGCUCUGGUUUUGUGGAGGAUGAUGAUUUAAGCCAUGUGAUGAAGUUCAAGAUGUCAGACUUCAAAAUUCAUGAUCGUGUUAGCAUCGGUCUAUGUGGCAGGGGGAAUGAGUUAGUGUAUGAAGCCACCAUGAAAGAUCCUUGUAGUCCACUGUAUAACACGAGAGUUGUUCUUCGGCGGCUUAUUAGUGCUCAGGCCAAGCGUAGGGGAAGACGGGCAAUAGAGGUGUUAAAGAGGUUGACUCAUCGACGACUAAUGUACCAUUCUUAUGCAAUGAAUGUUCAUGGUUAUGUUUGCUCAUCCACAACAGGAGACAGUGAUUCAUUUACUCUUGUUCACGGAUACCAUGGUAGCUUUUCCUUGAGGCAUUGGCUUCAACAAUCAGAUUGGCUUCCAACUUUGGAAGCUACUCUUGCCUUGGAUGAGGAGUCUGUUAGGAGAGUAGGAGAUGACACAGUAGGAGGGCCAGCAGUUUCUCGACAGUUACGACUUAUUCGGAUUUUAAUGAGGGAUCUCCUAAUCGGAGUGAAUUACUUACACAGCCAUGGACUUGCCCAUACAGAGUUGAGACUUGAAAAUUUGCAUAUUUGUCCAGUGGAUAGACAUAUCAAAGUGGGGAUAUUGGGCAAUGCUGCCGACUUUCAUGAGUACAGUCCUGAUGAUAGCAAAAUGGGCAGCUAUAUGGAUAGGCGGCAAAUGAUGAUUGCAUUUGACAUGAGAUGCGUUGGAUUUGUCCUGGCUAAAAUGGUGUUGAGGGACCUAAUGGAUCCGCUCAUUUUCUCGAAGUUCAAAGCAUUCCUCUCCAAGGGAACCGACCCUUCCUGCUUGCGUGAGUUUCUGAUGCAUGUUGUCAAUAGAAAUUCUUCGUCCAAAAAUGUUGGAUUCCAAAUCCUUGAUAGAAAUUGGGGUGCAGGCUGGAACUUGCUAUCCUUACUUCUUGCAACCAAACCUUCACAAAGAAUAAGUUGCUUAAAUGCACUGAGGCAUCCUUUCCUCUGUGGACCAAGAUGGAGGGUGGACCCACCCAUGGGCAUGAUCAGAUGGAGUCUUGGUUCAACUGCAGUUCGAAUCACAGAGGAAUACAUUUAUGGCAGGCAGCAGCGACGGAGGCUUGCACAUUUUAUUGAACUAAUGGAGAUGUUAAAUCCUCACUCAAAGCCGAAGCACUGGCUCAACUUGCUUCCAGGCACUUGGCGCCUCCUAUAUAGCACUGGCAGGCACAUAGGACUGACCCUUCGGCAACCUCCUGCCCGAGUCCUUAUUGGAGACGUGCUACUCACUGUGUCUAAACUUUCAAAGCCAAAUGCAACUUUUUCAGUAGCAUCAGACAUCGGCUUCACGGUAAUGCUCGGACAAGAUUGGGCUCACGACAAGGCUGGCAUAAGCGGAAAUAUGCAAGUAAGUUCGCUAUCUAAAUUGAGAGCUGGGAGACGAUUAUAUAUAAAGGAAGAACCCAACACCAGAAACUUUUAUUCUUCCACAUUGGAUGUUCACAAUUCUAUACAAGAAAAGUUGUCUAGUAAAAAGUGGAAGAACAUAAUUCCAAUAAAGGAAUUUCCUUCUAGUUUGCCUGUAGCUAAACUUGUAACUAGUGAUGUGGAAGUGACUAUGAGUUUGGAUGAGCCGUUGAGUCGAGACAUGAAAACAGCACAGAAUGUAAUUCAAGAAGUUAGAUUGCAGGUUCCACCUGAAUUAUUUGAUCUGUCGAAAAUUGUGUGUGGUACAUAUGUAGAUUCUAGGUUGCUUGUCCUUAGAUGUGUAAAUGGUUCUGCCCUCUUGUUUACUAGGUCCAUUCUUUGUGAAUAAAAAGUGUACGUGAAAUUUUUGGUUAGAAUUGAAUAUUAA